AUGGCAUUGACGGUCUCGGAUAGCGUGGCGGUGUUUGGUAGUCCGCGGUACUUAUCGAUAGUGGUGGCCGUGGCAACUCUGGUACUCCUCCUCCUUACACGAUACAUCAGACGACUAUUGUUCGUGACUCCGAAGUCAGUCCCGGGUCCAUUCCUUGCCCGUCUUUCUCGAUUGUGGUAUCUGAUUCAGGUACGCCGGGGUGAUUGGCACAAGGUGAUUCUGCAGCAGCACCGCAAAUAUGGUCCGGUCGUUCGCAUCGCCCCAAAUUAUUACUCGAUCGAUGACCCUUCCGCCAUCAAAAUAAUCUAUGGGACGGGCACAAAAUUCGUCAAAGGGCCCUGGUACUCAGUGGUUGGGGAUCCUUCUGUGCCCAUCCGAGAUAUCUUCACAGACGUGGAUCCCAAAUCACACGCGGCGCACAGACGCCAGAUUGCGUCUCUGUAUGCCGUCACCUCACUAUUGAAAAUGGAACCAAACGUGGAUGAAUGCAUCACAGAGUUGGACGCUAGGUUUGCAGAAAUCACUCGAACCGGGAAUGUUAUCAACCUGCAAUGGUGGCUUCAGUGUUAUGCAUUCGACGUUAUUGGCAGUAUCUCGUUUGGGAGUCGCUUUGGCUUCUUGGACAACGGCGAAGAUCCCCUUGAUUUGAUUCCAGCCCUGCACGGAGGAAUGAGCUACUCAGCCACCGUCGGCAUCUAUCCAGAAUGGCACAUCCAGAUCUUUAACCUAAUGAAGCGACUCGGGACAAAUCCAAUGGUCAAGACGUUCUCAUUUGCCCGGGAGAAGAUCGAAGAGAGACAGCGUGCCAUCAAAGGUGGAAAUGUUCCGGACUCCCAGAUCGAUGAUUUCCUGACCAAAGUCUUGCGACAGCAUCAGGAUGACCCGGUCGCCUUUCCCAUGGCAAAGGUCUUCACGACUUGUAUGCAAAAUGUCGGUGCGGGCAGCGAUACGACCAGUAUCAGUCUCUCUGGUAUCAUGUGGUUCCUCAUCACGAAUCCUGGACCUCUCGCAAAGCUACGAGCGGAAAUUGACGAAAUGACCGCACAAGGACGGCUGUCUGAUCCACCUACCUUUGCAGAGUCCCAAGCUAUGCCUUACUUCCAGGCAGUGAUCCAAGAAGCUCUGAGAAUGCACCCAGCCGCCGCGUUUCCGCUUGUGAGGAUCGUCCCAGAAGGAGGAGCUGUUAUAGCGGGAAAGUUUUUUCCUGCUGGAGCAAGCGUAGCGGCAAAUUGCUGGGUGGCACAUUACAACAGACAAGUCUGGGGCGAUGACGUACAUGAGUUCCGGCCUGAGAGAUGGCUCGGUGACAAAGAUGAAGUUGCUGCUAUGAGCAGAUAUUGGAUUCCCGUCAGUGAUACUCUGUCCUGUCUAUUGCCUAUUUAA